GGCAGCGUCGUGACCUCCUCGGUAUUCACCUCGAAUGCGCAGCCAUGUUUCGCUCUUUUCGACGCGUCCAGCAGCUAAAGUGCAACUUGCGGACUUUGCCGAGUGUUCGCUCCGACUUCAAACUCCUCGUAAACCCGUGCAGGAUGGCCAGCUCGGACUUCAGGAUCGAGCAGGACACGUUCGGCGAGCUCAAGGUGCCGGCCGACAAGUACUACGGCGCCCAGACCGUCAGAUCCACCAUGAACUUCAAAAUCGGCGGGCCGUCCGAGCGAAUGCCGCUGCAGCUCAUCCAUGCCUUCGGAAUCCUGAAGAAAGCGGCGGCCGAGGUCAAUAAAGACUACGGACUCGACCCCAAGAUCGCCGACGCCAUCUGCCAGGCGGCGGACGAGGUGGCGGCCGGGAAAUUGGACGAUCAUUUCCCUCUGGUGGUGUGGCAGACCGGUUCCGGAACCCAAACCAACAUGAACGUCAACGAGGUGAUCAGCAACCGAGCCAUCGAGAUCCUGGGGGGACAACUGGGCUCCAAGGACCCGGUCCACCCCAACGACCACGUCAACAAGAGCCAAAGCUCCAACGACACUUUCCCCACGGCCAUGCACAUCGCCGCCGCCACGGAGGUCCACCAGGUUCUGAUUCCGGGCCUGCAGACUUUGCACGACGCGCUGGCUACAAAGGCUGAAGAAUUCAAGGACAUCAUCAAGAUCGGUCGCACACACACGCAGGACGCCGUGCCGCUGUCCCUGGGCCAGGAGUUCAGCGGGUACGUGCAGCAGGUCAAGUACAGCAUAGAGCGGGUGAAAGCCGCGAUGCCGCGGGUGUACGAGCUGGCGGCCGGGGGCACCGCUGUGGGCACGGGCCUCAACACGCGCGUGGGCUUUGCCGAGAAGGUGGCGUCCUCUGUCUCCGCCCUCACCGGCUUGCCCUUCGUGACGGCGCCCAACAAGUUUGAGGCGCUGGCUGCACACGACGCCCUGGUGGAGCUGAGCGGCGCCCUCAACACAGUGGCGGUGAGCAUGAUGAAGAUCGCCAACGACGUGCGCUUCCUGGGCUCGGGCCCGCGCUCCGGCCUGGGCGAGCUCAUCCUGCCCGAGAACGAGCCGGGCAGCAGCAUCAUGCCCGGGAAGGUUAACCCCACGCAGUGCGAAGCCAUGACCAUGGUGGCCGCCCAGGUGAUGGGCAACCACGUGGCGGUGACAGUCGGCGGCAGCAACGGCCACUUCGAGCUCAACGUCUUCAAGCCCAUGAUUGCCAAGAACGUCUUGAACUCCGCACGCCUGCUGGGCGAUGCCAGCGUCUCCUUCAGCACCAAUUGCGUGGCGGGCAUCCGGGCCAACACGCAGAGGAUCGACAAGCUGAUGAACGAGUCGCUCAUGCUGGUGACGGCGCUCAACCCGCACAUCGGCUACGACAAGGCGGCCGCCAUCGCCAAAACGGCGCACAAGAAGGGCUCCACACUCAAGGCGGUGGCCGUGGAGAUGGGCUACCUGACCGAGGAUCAGUUCGACCAGUGGGUCAAGCCCAGUGAAAUGCUGGGACCCAAGUGAAGCCGGUCAAAGUUCAUCAGACACACAUAAUUUAAUAGACAUUAAUCAUGGGAGCAGCGUCAUGGCUUAACUGUCAGGAUUUUUAUAUCAUGUGCCAUCCUAAUUGUUUCCAAAUGGGCUGUGGUUUACACGAUGUAUGAAUUAAACAAGCAAGACUGAA